AAUUGCUCGCAUGGAUUUGAAAGUUGGGCCAUGGCCCGCGCGUGUUGAGUCUGUUGCAUGGCUAUCCCACGCGUUAGUUCUGUGGAUACUUAUUCAACCUACUAUCACUGCAGGCUCACAGAAGUGACCUCGCGUCACCUGAGUCAGAGCUUCCCACGCCUCACCACUGCCCAAGCAGCGCUGCGGCACCGCGGCAGGACGCUGCCGGAGGCGGCGCCAGAGCUGGGGAAGCUGUCGGAGGAACAGUCGCGGGAGUUAAGCAGGAAGAAGUUCAUGCACUCCUUUUCGUCCGUCCAGGAAGAUUCUGUGAACCACUGGCAAGAGACGGAAAAUAGCGGCAACAUGCUGGCUUCCAAACUGAAGGGCAGACUUGUGAACAAGCUCGCGAAAGCGAGGGCAGCGUUGGGAACACAGUUGCCUUCCAUCCACAAGAAUCCCUUCGCCAUCGAGGAGACUAGAAGUGAUGAUGCCUUCACUUCUGAGCGGAUGGUGAACGUCUUGAAAGACUCGCGUUUCUUUAAAGACCUGGAUGCGGCGGUGCUUGAGACCUUGCCGAAACAUGCGAAAUUUCUGAACGUACCCAAUGGUGCUGUGCUCUUUCGCCAAGGGGAUCCUGCUAAGGGAUGUUACAUCAUCGUGAGCGGCAAAGUGGGCUUCUAUGCAGGUGGCAACAGCAACACUCCGCGGCAACCGCCCACAGAGAUGAACGAAACCAUCCCUGAAGCGGCACGACGAGUACACACCUAUGAAGGUUUUAGCACCUUUUCCAAAGUCUCGGACUACGGGCAGUGUGUGAAGAAGAGUGGCACCGGGGAGGUCUUCGGGGAGCUGGCGCUGAUGGACGGUGGCGCGGUGCCGCGCAAGGCCACGGCGCGAUGUCUGGACGAGUCGGAGCUGCUCUUCGUCUCGGCUGAGGGAUUUGAAGAGGUGAAGAAAUACGUGAAAGAAUUGGAAAUGCAAAAGCGGGAAUUUCUGGUGUCCUGUUUGCCCGGCAUGAAGGACGUGAAGAAGGUUGGCGGGCACAGUUCCGGGAACUGCUUCCACCAAGAACGGCACCAGCAGGGCACCCUCCUUCUGCGCCAGGGGGUUUCUGAAGAGCGCGUGAUGUACGUGGUCCUCAGCGGCAGCAUCCAACUCUUUCGUCACAGAGGUCGAGGCCUCGGUCCAGGUGCAGUGGAUGUGUUGGCAACGCUGGAAACGGGGCAGAUGUUUGGCACCUUUGGGCCGGAGCUGAAGAUGCCGUUUUCGGCCAAAGUGGUGACCAAGAACUGCGAGGUACUCUCAGCGCGAGCGAGAGACAUUGAAAUGUUGCCCGAGUCGGUGGUGGGACAGAUCAUGGCCCAACUCUCCCGGGACACCGCCGAGCGACUGCGAAAGAGUUGUGUCUUUAAAGGCAUGGGUUGGCAGCGGCAGCAACGCAGCAGCUCCGGCGGUGCUCACACCGAGAGGGACGCUGCGGCGGAGCUGUUGGCCAUGAACUCGAGAGAUCUCAGGCGCAUGGCACUUCGGCAGGGUCCACGUGCAUGA